GGAAGUGAAAAAAACAGGAGGGAAGGACAGGGGAAAGAACACAGACAUACUAACACAGACCACACACACAUACUGUAUAUGACAUACACACAUGCGCACAUAAACAUACAGGCAGCAGGGAGAACGUGAGAAGAACAUGAUCAGCUUCACAGGUAAGGAACAAAACUUUGUUUUCUUGAGUUUUAUUUUUCCAGGGAAAGAGAUUGUGAAAUGGGGGGCUUUAUUUUACAUGAGGAGAUGAAUGGAAGUCUGUAGUUGUUGGUCAGGGUUCAGCACAGCACUCCAGAGAGGGAGUCAAAGAUCUUGGGGCAGCCAAAAGUGAGGCGCACUGCAAGAUAAUAGGCUCUUUUCCAGCAGACUCUAAAGUAACACCAGAAGUUGGGGUGUAUGGGUAGCACUUUAAAUGCGCUUGUGAUGUCUGCUUUGGAGAGCCAGGCUCCUGAGCCUGCUAGAUGUUUGAGAGUGAUGGCAUAAUCAAUUGAUGCAUAUUGCAUAGAAAAAUCUGGACAUGACGCUGUUGAUGCUGGGGAUGUGUAUUCCAUGUGGGGCGAUCAAUCACUGAUAGUUCGUCGACUGGUUUUACUUUGUUUUCUUUGAUGCAAGCAAGCGUCAAUGUUUGGUGCAUGGUCUGCCUAUUUUCAAAGAAUUGCAAACAAACAGAGUGGAGUGGGAUGGCUGUGUAUAAGUAGGUCAGUGAGGUGAUUGAAGGUGUGAGAAAGGUGUAGUCUUGCUCUUGAACAUAGGUUAACACAUUAACUUUAUUAGAUAAAACUCAUCAGCGGUGUGCAAGCCUCUGACCUACACAAGCUCUGAUGAAGACAAGUGUUUUACAUUAUAAAUCAUCAGUACCAUCACAAAGUGUCUGACACAUUUUUUUUUUAUUUUAUUUUUUUUGUUUUUUGAGAAAGUGGCACACUCAAAUUUUCAUUGUUUACCAAUGCAACAAUCCCUUUCCUCUGUGUGUGUGUGUGUGUGUGUGUGUGUGUGUGUGUGUGUGUGUGUGUGUGUGUGUGUGUGUGUGUGUGUGUGUGUGUGUGUGUGUGUGUGUGUAAUUCAUGUUGCAAUGUGUGAAUAGUAAGACUAAGUAGCUGUAGAUUAAAGAUUAAGCUGGCGUGAGCUGGUCAAAUUGCCUGUGUUAAAGUUGUUCGGUGUUUAAGGUGUUCAUUAUGUUACAGGUUUAGGGGGUUUUGAUCGUGGGAGGGUUAUUGACGUUUUUAAUAAAGGAAUAUAAUUAAGGUCUGAGCAUAUUACAAGGGUUGAAGGUGUUGAUUAUGGUAAAGGUAUUUAGGUGGUAAUUGUGACAGGUGUAGAAGGUUUAGGCUAAGUACAGUACCUGAUCCAUAUCUAACCUAGACUGUGAGCGUGAAUAUCCCAGCAUGCACCUUGUUCUAACAGCUCAAUGCUAUAUGCAUUAGAAACUCUAUCCAGAGGAAACAGCCAACCCCUGUCCUUAUUUCUAAAAUGCUGUUAUUGGUGUUAUUAUCUCUAACCUGUGGACUCAACCGCUCCCACAGUGAUUAUAGAGGGAUUUUACAGAUCGGGACAAAGUUCACUUUAAACCCUCUGAACACACACCUUACCCUAAAACUGUUUACCAACCACACACUUUCAGUUCACAGUCUGAGUGGACAACAUGAUAGGCCAAAAUAUUUAGAGCCCCUUACUGGCCAUCAGCGGUCAGAGGAGGGGUGAGGUUUGUAUGACAUAAACCCCACCUCCUCUAUGUGUAAAGAUGGAACAAACACAAACACGAGUCACUGCACUCCCCAUAAUGCCUGUUUCAAAUCCACACAAGAAGCUGUGCUGCUGUGCACUGGACCCAUCUGAGGGAGUUUUGAGGUGAACUGGACCCACCUGAGGGAACUUUGACUUCUUAUCAAUGAAGAAACGUGGGGUUGGUUAGAGGUAAGGGUGAUAAGUCUGUAACACUGCUGCUCUAACCAUCUCUUCUUCAUGUUUCCUGUCAGUAAUGGGAUCCUCAGUGGUGUCCCGGCUCUUUUUUCUGGUUCUGGUCUCAAUGACUAGUGCUCGGGAUGAUGGAUUGGCAAGGACACCCCCUAUGGGCUGGAUGGCUUGGGAGCGUUUUCGCUGUGAGACAAACUGCACAGACAACCCCAAGAACUGCAUAAGGUAUUGUCAGGCAACUGGUUACUCAGUAUUUUGAACUGGGUGUCCUCACAGAGACAGAUGGGACUAUCCAGCGAGAUAAGACACAAAACAAAAUCCAACUAAACAACUGAGAAAGACCGACACAUGGAGAGACUGAGGAAAAGACAGACGGACAAGCUAUGGGACAGACUAAAACAAAGACACUAAACCAAUGAAAACAAAGAGACAAAGGAAAAUUAGUAUUUAAAAGCGUACAGAUUUGAGCAGCAGAGUGAAGAACAGAUAGAAAUACUGGAAAAAGGACUGGGCUAUGUUGAAGGACAAAAAGAGGUGACAAAAAAGGUUAUGGCUUAGCUGUGAAGACAUCAAUUCCAGAGUAAGCCACAGCACUUAUGAGAGAAAAGAGGUUACAUUAAAGCUACAGAGACAGUAUUUAGUUUACAGUCAAAGAGAGUAACAGGGACAGAAAACCCAUUGUUUACAGUCAGAGCAGGUCAGAGUGAAAAUAUACAUUUGAAGUCAACUGAAGUGAACUGAAACCAGUUGGUCCUACAGCUAAAUCUCAGAUCUCAGCUGAAAUCCUCCUCACUAAGAAAUACUCAUACACAACAUGCAUUCGCGGUGUUUCUGUUAAGUUUCCUCAGGUAGAGGGUUUAAAACCUGACAGCACUCUCUUCUACCUCAUUUUGAUUAUUGCUAAAUUAUUAAAAAAAUUUAGACACCUGAGGAAAAGGUUACCGUUGUUGCUCCUGUCCUGUGUCUACAGUGAGGAGCUGUUCAGAGACAUGGCUGACCGACUGUCUGAAGACGGAUGGAGAGAGCUGGGAUACAAGUAUCUGAUCAUUGAUGACUGCUGGAUGUCUACACAAAGAGAUAAGGAGGGCAGGCUACAGCCAGACCCAGUCAGGUCAGUAACUUACCUUAUUAGCAGAGCAUGUGGCAAGGAGUGUAGACCUGCAUGAGGGACAACAGGAAUUAGAGCUUUAUAGGCUGCUACUGGAAGCCAGUAAAGGGAGAUAAACAGUGGAAUGACGUGUGCUGUUUGGGGUUGGUUGUAAACCAGAUGGACUGCUGCAUUCUGGACCAUAUGAAGAGGUUUGAUUGUAUACGCAGGGAGGUCUGCCAGUAAGAAGUUGCCGUAGUCAAUGGCUGAUGUUACAAGAGCUUAUACCAGGAGCUGUGUUGUGUGCUCUGCCAGCCAGGUAAGGUCUGACCCUCCUGAUGUUACAGAGGGCAAAUCGGUAUGGCUUGGCAAUCAAAGCCACAUAAACCUUAAAGUUUAGGUGUUCAUCAAUCAUGACACCCAGGUUCAGAGCAGACAAAGUGGGCACAAGUUCAUUUGAUCCAAACUGGAUACUGAUGUGGUUUUAAAGAGGGGCUGUCUGGAAUGACAAGAAGCUUAUUUUUGGACAGGUUGAGCUUAGGUAGGUGGAGUUCCUUCAUCCAUUUAGAAAUAUCACUGAGGCAUGAUGAGAUUCAGGCUGAAACAGGUGUGUCAUCUGGAGGGAAUAAUAGGAAGAGCUGGGUUUUAUCUUCAUAGCAGUGAUAUGAGCAUCUGUGAGAUUGUUUGCUCAGUGGUUCAGAAACGUACCCCCCCCCCCCAUGAUACUCUAAAAGAUCUCCCUGUGAGGACGGACAGCAUGCACCAGCUGGGCACACACCUUGAUGUAAUCUUACAUUUUACUUACAGUGCUGAAAGUGAGGACAGACUAGAAAUAAAACCCUGAGCACCAGGUAGACCAACGCCCUCUUUACAUUAUAGGGUUACAUUUUAUUUUAUGAUGAAGAAGGCACAGGUGCAUGUCUCUUCUGCGCGUUGAAGGUGAUAAAGGGAAAAACAAUUAACUUAAAAUGAAACAUGAUGGCAGAGGUUUUUUUUUAAAUUAUUAUUUUAGGCGAGAGAGUGAGCUGAUUUAAAGGCUUGACUGUGUCUGACUCAGAUUAAGAACAAUCAUACCAGACAGAAACUCAGCUCUUUCCCGGCCUUGCAGGAGCUGAUGCCUUCAGGAUGGGUGGAAAGUUUCUCAGACAGGAUGUUUGAAUGAUCUGGGUUUCAGUAUUUCACUAUCUGUAUUUUGUUUCUUUACAUUGGUGUUAUCCUUCAGAUAUUUUAAUGGACGUUUUGAGCAUAGUGUGUCAUUUAGUGACACCCAGGGCUCCACUAAUGUCCAUGUGAACACGUAUAAAUAAGACCAAGUGCAGCUACAACACGUCCAGGUUUGGUGCGGGUCAAAGAGUUAAUUAUUACGUAAUCUGAUGUAAAAGAUGUUACCCACUAAUUUCACACCCAAGUGGUGCACUCAAGAUUUUCCGAUUCCAAAGUGUUUCUAUCCUGUUUAACUUAAGUGAUAUCUACAGAUCUGCAGAGGGAACACAUCAAGUAAAGUCAUACGAAGAAUCAAAAACCAUCUGGAGUUCAGGCAGUGUAAAGUGUUUACCUGUCCCUCAAGCAUAGGGUCUAUUUUCUGUCACGUGGCUGCAGAGAUCUCUCUGCAUGUCAACAUUUAAAGCUACAUUUUGUGUUUUUACCGUGCCAUCAUAUUUCUUUCAGCUGUUUAUACUCAAUCUGAAAGGGCGUGUUUUCUCCAGGUUUCCGGGAGGUAUUCCCAGACUGGCCAGGUAUGUUCAUGACCGUGGGCUGAAGUUGGGGAUCUAUGCUGACCUGGGCACUCACACCUGUAUGGGAUUCCCGGGGACACCACUCAAUAAGAUCCAGGUUGACGCUCAGACAUUUGCCAGCUGGGGGGUGGACUACCUGAAGUUUGACGGAUGUUAUUCAAACGCUGUGGAACACAUGCUGGGUGGGGACCCCUACUGACCACUUUUCACAUUACAGACAGUGACAAAGUAUACCCGCUUUGAUAGAGAUCACUCACUCCUUACCAAGUUAUCUUUGGUCUCACUCAGGUAAGACUGGUGAUAAACAACAGUAGAGACCAAAAAGCUUUCUGUAUCAGGCUGUAAGCACGAUGAUUUCUGCUGUGAAGUUGGACACUUUAACAUGGGGCUCUAUAGGGACUUACUUACUGCAGGGGACAGGCUCUAGUGGACAGCAGAGGAACUGCAGGUGUUAUCACUCAAAAAUGUGCUUCUUGUUCCAACAUGGAAGGUUUCCAUAAUGAAUGGAGAGAGGAGAAAGAGCCUGUGUUGGGGACUUCAAUGGGAUUAAAUAAAUUUUGGAGAGAGGCACUAGUGGAUAGUGGAGGAGCUGCAGUUCUUAUGACUUUAUUUCUAGUUUCAUAGUUUCAUUUUUCAGCACUGCUUAAGAUCAACACAGUUCUCAGUAAAACCACACAUUACUGACAUUCAAGACUGUUUAAGUUUGCUAUGAAAUUUUUUUAACUAAGACUAAAACUUUUUAAACAGAAUUUUUGGAGUCUUGUCAGUAUCUCAGAAAAUGUAUAUUAUAUAUCAAGUCAAUGUAAAGAUGUGAUUAGAUGCACAUUCUACUUGGGUGACAUGAAUGACACUAUUUGUGUGGACUUGUAGCGCUAACUGGGUAAAUCAUAUCGUAGAUCGGUAUGCACCCCAAUAUGCGGCCAUGUAAGCGGUAGUAUACAACUUAUCUAUGACACUGAGACAAGAGUACAAAAGAGCUAACCUGGAGGAAAGUGAGUGAGGAGGUCUGAAACUCAACAGAUCCUCACAAUGUGAUCAACAUCAACGAUGUUUGAUGUAAACAGACUGACCUGACCUGUAGGAACGCCUCCUCUCUUUCUCUCCUCUUUUGCAAUUACUCUGCAGACGUGAUACUUACACAUGGAUGGAGCGAGUCAUUUGCGUGAAUUAAGUGAGUAAAUGAUUUUAUCUGUGCUUGGUGUGAAUGGUUUCUGGGUCAGAAUGAUGGAAUUAAACAAAGAAAAACUCUAGAAACCUUCAUUGUUAUUGUACCAGGCUGUAAAAAUGUUUAUUUCUGCUGUACAGUGCUAACGUGGGGCGCUAUGGGGACUAACUCACUACAGGAGACAGACCCUGGUGGACACUACCAUAGGGUCUUUGCUGCUGCCCUUGGCUUUACAUGUAUGCUCAUGAGACAGAUAGGAAAAUGUGCUCGUCUCAUAAGAAAUCUCAUGCAGAGCAAUCUCUGGUCAUUCUCAGGUUACCCUGUGAUGUCAGAAGCUCUGAAUGCUACAGGUAGACCCAUAGUGUACUCCUGCAGCUGGCCUGUGUACCAAGGAGGUCUUCCACCUGAUGUAAGUAUCCUUAUGGAGGCAGAUUUAGGGCCUGUGUUCACUGCCAGAGUUUUUUAAUGCAGUCAGCACCGGAGAGCUUCACUGAUGCUGGCUUAUCCAAGUCAUUUUUGAGCACUGUCUAUUCCCAUUUGAAUUCCACAUCAAUUCCACACUUCUGAAUGGAAUCUGUGCUUUUUCUAAAACAAAGAUGCCAUUUCCUAUGAGCUCCAUCACUCACUGUCAUACAGACAUCACUUUCACCUAAGUGUGCAUUUGUUUUGAAACCAACUGAAUGAAGAAUGGAUACUUAUUUAAAGAGGGGGUCUUAUGCAUUUUGAAUCAGCUUGACAUGAUUUUCAGAUCAAAAAAAGCCUCAUGUUUCUCACUCUGGUGUGUUAAAAUACCAUUAUUUCAGCCCCUAUCACAAGCUUACUUUCUUCUGAAAGCCCACCUCUCUUGAAGCUUUCUGAAGGCUGGCCAAGGGCAGAGCUCAAUGUUUUGGCCCCACCCCCUCUAUGGUGGUCAAUCAGUAGAGCAGCAGCGUCACCCCACUUCACUGUGAGUGUCACUUGACACGCUGUUGGAGGCAGGCCGGUCACCUUUGCCAGAGGCACAGUUGAACUAGUAAGGAGAGACUAUAGUACCUACGUAGGCAUAGUCUGGUGUCUUUGGGCAGGCUCUCUUUUUUUGAGCAGUUCACAUCUAUUUUUAAAGAUUAUGUCAACAUAUGUUUGCCUCAUAAAUUGAAACUGUGCAUACAUUCAGUAUUCAGUAUGUCCUUCUGUGUUCUUCUUCUGGGAAAAUCCAACCUGACCACUUUUUUUUACAGAGUACAUUAAGGGGGAAAAAAAUAGCAUGAUCACAAGGUACAUAUAUAAAAAUGAUACAAUUAAUAUAAAAAAAAAACAUUUAAAAAGUCCUCACAGUUUCUGUAAAUGGAUAAAAUAAUCUAUUAGUACUGUAUACUGAUAUAUCAAUUGAUUGAUUGAUUAACAAAUUAAUAGGUGUAUAUUUUUGCCCUGUAUUAACCUGUACCCUGCAGAUAAACUACACUUUGCUAGGUGAGAUCUGUCACCUGUGGAGGAACUAUGUUGACAUCCAGGACUCAUGGGAUAGUGUUGAGGGGAUCAUUGAUUGGUUCUUCAAUAACCAGGACGACCUGCAGCCGGCUGCUGGACCUGGACGUUGGAACGAUCCGGACAUGGUAGGUCUGUCUGAGUCAGUGAUUCUGUCAGUUCUUUACCAAACAGAGACACUGGAGUGUUAUCGUCAGACCACAUAAAGAUGGGUCUUAGUGUUUGUAGGGUUUUUCAGGCUCAAACAUGAGCUAAUCUCAGCCAGAGCUAGAAUUUAACAACAUCAGACAGCCAACAAGAGAGCCUAAAUCUCAGUGUACUAUACAGUCCUUAAUCUGGUAUUAACAGUUGAGUAUAAUCCUUAAUCUGGUAUAAACAGGUGAGUUGAAUCCUUAAUCUGAUGCAAACAGGUGAAUUAAGAGACAGAGACAGAGUAUAGUCUACAGAGACUAUAACUGUUUCUGAUCCAAGAUAUAAACAUGUUUUUAUCGCUGUUAAAUUUGAUUUUACAACAUGGAGAUUAAAGACUGGUAGGUGAGUGAUAUGACUGCUGAUGGUCAGAAUCUGCCCACGUCUCUGCAGCUGAUCAUCGGCAACUUUGGUCUCAGCGUGGACCAGGCUCGCUCUCAGAUGGCACUGUGGGCCAUUAUGGCUUCCCCCCUCAUCAUGUCUAAUGACCUCAGAGACCUGGACCCCGCUAUGAGGGCCAUCCUGCAGAACAAACUGGUUAUCGCCAUUAACCAAGACCCUGCAGGCUUCCAGGGACGCAGACUGUUAAAGGUCAGGGCCACCAUCACAACUGCUGUGCCACCAUCAGCUGCCGUUACAAACAUAAAUAACAUUGAACCCUGUAUGUUUCUGCUGAACAGGAGAAGAGUGGGAUCCAGGUCUUCUGGAGGCCUUUAUCUCACUCUUACAUUGCCUUGGUCUUUCUGAGUCUGAGGAGGGACAUGCCUUACCGGUACAGCACCUGUCUGUCCAAACUCAAUAUUUCAGCCGGAGUCUAUCAGGUCAGUUCUUCCUCUAUGAGUUAAGGGGACUCAUUUCACACUGACAGCAGUGUUUGAAUAGAAAACAUGGAUAGUAGAAAAUUAUUGUUUAUAUAUAUAUAUUAUUUCCAUAAACCUCUAAACUCUACUUUCUCUCCUCUUAGGUAUACGAUGUGUUCAAAAGCUCCACCUUGCCCCAGAUAAAUUCCACCACAGAUUUUACUGUCACCAUCAAUCCUUCAGGUGUGGUUAUGUGGCUCAUAGCACCUGAAACACAGACCAGGUCAGAGUUUAGAGGUCAGAGAUCUCCUAUUGGAGGUUUCACUCUGUUUUGAAUGAACUGCUGGAGAAUUGACAGAUUUAUUGGGAUUAAACAAGUAGAUGCAGACUCUGAAAAUAAUGGUACAGAAAAAAGUCUUGUUUGUUUUUUCUGAGUUAUAGAGAAUGUAUUCACUGUGUCUGUUUUUAUAACCAAAGGGAAAUAAAAACCUCUUUAAAAGAGCUUUAGUUUUUCAGAAUUUAUCAAUGAUUCAGGCCUGGAAACAUAAAAAAACAGGUGAUCUGUAUAAAAGCUGUCAGAUUAACCAGUCUGCUGUUACAGACUCUUACUACAGGGGGGCGCUGUAGACUAAAUACUGAACAUAUGAACUCUGCAGUUGCAUCAGCCUUCUCCUCUUGUGAUACACCUGAUAAGUUUCAGGUAUUCAGGUCUACAUUUACACUAAAUAAUAAAGACAACACUGUUGUUGAA